GCAUUUUGGAUGUCGUAACUGUCCCUUUAAGCCGGUGCGGAAGUAGUCGCUGGAUUGCUGCAACACAAGGCAGAAGGUCAAGUUGGUUCUCUGGUGAAGUUCCACAGCAACCAUCUCACCGUAAACGUGGUGUGGGUCGCGUAAGAUCGGUGACAGCCUCUCCACGUCACGUCUCCGUGGGGAUCGUGUCUGCUAGCUGGGGAAUGCUACUUCCUAACUAGAAAUCCCGGUUGUGUAAGUUUUCAUGAGCUGCCAGAUGUCUCGGUCUAAAUGCACACGGCUGAGUGGGGCGCUGGUGGAGCAGCUGCUGGACUCCGUGGACAGCGUGCUCUUCGACUGUGACGGGGUUAUCUGGCGGGGGGACCAGGCCAUCAUCGGGGCUUCUGAGGUCAUUAACCUGCUCAAGGAGCACGGCAAGAAGGUCUUCUUCGUCACCAACAACAGCACCAAGACCAGGAAGAUGUACGCGGAUAAGAUGUCCUCUCUGGGCUUCAACGUGACGGCGGACGAGGUGUUCGGUACCGCGUACUGCUGCGCCGUGUUCCUGAAGACGGUCUACAGGCUGGAGGGUAAGGUCUACCUGAUGGGAAGCAACGCCAUGAAGCAGGAGCUGGAGGCUGUGGGGGUCCAGCAGGUGGGCGUGGGACCUGACCACGUGUCUGGACAGCAGAUCGACUGGGCCAACGUGCCUCUGGACCCCGAGGUUAAGGCGGUUGUGGUCGGUUUCGACGAACACUUCAGUUACAUGAAGCUGAACCGAGCCAUGCAAUACCUGGUCCAGAAGGACUGCCUGUUUGUCGGAACCAACAGGGACACCCGGCUGCCUCUGGAGGGGGGCAAGGCUGUUCCAGGUACAGGAUGCCUGCUGCAGGCCGUGGAAACCGCAGCCCAGCGUCAGGCCCAGACGGUGGGCAAACCCAACCACUUCAUGUUCGACUGCUUGGCCGCCCAGUUCGGCGUGGAGCGAGAGCGAUGCCUGAUGGUCGGGGACCGCCUCGACACGGACAUCUUGCUGGGUUCCAACUGUGGCCUGAAGACCCUGCUGACCCUGACGGGGGUCAGCACCGUGGCGGAGGCCGAGGCCCAUCGGGACAGCGGCAGUGCGGAGAGGCAGGGGAUGGUGCCAGAUUAUUAUGUGGAGAGCAUUGCAGACCUCCUUCCAGCUCUGCAGGGAUGACACUGAGGGAUGUUCUUCCAUUGCAUCUUUCUGGGUCCACUGUCUCCUAAAAGGGAACAUUUUAUUGCAUUUAGUGUUAUUAAAUCAAGUCACAGCAGAGCUGGUGGCUGCUGUUUUGUGAUAGAAGAUUUUAUUGACUUUAUUUGACUAACCUCGUGUUUUAAAUGGAGAGCGAUGCUAUACAGUAUUGUUUCUGUAUUUGAGCAGCAGCUCUGUAAUGUUCAGAAAUGUUCUGUUUGCUCUAAAAUCUUUUAAGAACAAAAUGCCCAGACAUGAAGGGAAGGUGCAACAAUAAGUUCUGUCACUUAUUCCUGAAACAUAAACGCAGUAAAGAUGUUUCUGACUGAACAGUUUGUAAAAAUUAAAAGAAAAUCCUACUAACCUCCACAAUAAAAUCAACUAUUUUCCCAACAA